AAACGCUAUUUCUGGUCUCCUGAUAACAGUGUUUUUAUACACAGAGGGGGCACAGACCCUUUGUUGUUUGCCUUUGUGUGCUGAAAGCAAACUGUUGCUUGGAUGUGAAGUUCCUCUGUCUCUUACACCCAGAACUGCCUGGGCAUCAGCUGAUCCCAUUCUGUGUGUGCUCAAUGAUGCUGAUGCUUAACCUGCUUGAAACCUGCCUGGUCCUGGGAGCUACUGCUGUUGUGUUCUCCUCUUGCUCAGACCUCUUUCAUUUUUGGGUGAGUCUUUAGAUAUUUUUAAUUCAUUACUAUUAUUAUUAUUUUCAUCACAAAGAAACGUGUAAACAACUCCAUAGUAACCUCUGGAGUUAAUGAGUCACAGCUCUCCUGCCACAGGACGUUCUCUUUGCUCCUGUCUGCUGCUGCGUUUCCAGACCCUCAGCAGCUCGAGCUGUGAGGCUGUUACUCACCGUUUCCUGUGUAGAGCUGUGUGACUUCAUCUGCAGCUCCUCUUCACCUGUGGAACCCCCACGCUCGUCAUCUGAGCCCGAGCUGCAAGUAUUUCAGUUCUAAAAAGACCUGGAGGGUGCUGCCUUUGGCACUGAGCACUGCCAGCUGUGCUGGGUUGCUAUAAGUAGGAUAGCAGAGAGCAGCAUCAGCACUACAGGAGGACCAUCCCAGCACUAUGUGUCCUGGACCAUCCUGGUGUGUUAUCUCUGCUGUGGGGUACAGAGUGCUGGAGGAGCGGGCAGCCCAGGGGUGUCAUUAAACCACCCUUUAAUUAGCACCUGCCCAGUGAUUUCCUGGGUAAAACCCUUGGAUCUUGUGUUUAAGGACAACUCCAGCAGACAUCUGGAGCAGCACCCUGCUUUGGAGUCCGUUCAGCCUCAUGCAACGCAUUCACCCUUCAUCUAAGCCCUUAUGGCAGCAGAGGGAGCUCUCACGCUUGGCUUUGAAGUGAUGAAAGAAAGGAGCAAAGAAAGUUUUCAGGAGGGGCUGCUGGAAUCACCCACUUGCAGAAGUGCUCCUCCAGCACCUCCAUCUUCCCAUCUCUGGGAAGGAGCCCAGUGCCGUGAUGGUGUUCUGGGUUAAACAGCUCAUGCUGGGCAGUGUUAUGUUGGGUCAGACUAUGGGCACUGGGUCUGGCAGGGAACAGGCUGUGGCUGUGCUGGAUGCUGAGGGUCUGAAGGUGGAUUAUGCACCUCCUGGAGUCACCAACCCCUGGGCACUAGAACAUAGCACAGAUGUGACCUGUGCUUCCAGCACGGCCAUCCACCCCUGUGCUCACCGGGUCAGCGCAGUUAUUUCUGCUCUGUGUGUUGCAGCCAGAAGCAGGGCUGGGCUCAGGGCUGACAGCACUCCUCAGGGAGCCACAGCCUCCAGCUGCAGGGGAUGAGCUCAGCGUGCUGAGCCACCACCUUUGGAAGCCUUUUGAGCCAGGGCAGAGCUUGAGCUCCAGUCCUCACCAGGUGGUUUUCUGCUUACAAUGAUACCUCCUCAGUGCCGGGUGCAGCCAGGUGAGGGGUUUUGUGGUCACGCUCAUGAAGUUGCAAUUGCACUGCGAAGCAGUCUGGGUACAGCAGGAUUUGUUGUCCCCAUGCACACAGUCUCUAGCAUUGCUUUAUCCACAGGCUGUCCCUGAGCUCCCUGCUCAGCUCUGGAGCACAGACCUCUGACUUCCAGCUGUAAACGUCUCCUCCUUGCACAAGAGGAAGCAGCCGAGUUGAUGUGUAUGGGAAUUAUCCCAUGUCCCAGAACUCCUUCGGGCCUUGGAGCCAUCUGCACAACCCUGCCCGGGUCGGGGUAAACCCGGAGCCUCUGGAGCAGAACUCUUCUGAUCACUUGAUGUGGAUGGAGACGUCUUCCAUCAACACCUUCAGGAACUCAUGUGCAGAGCACUCAGAGCCCUCAGCCAACGUGGGUCUGCCCAGCCACCUGCUCCAGUGCCACCUGUCCCAGUGCCACCAUGCGUACCCUGCAUACACCACGCACACGACCCCGGUGGUGAAGAUGCUCGUGGAGCAGGAUGAGAGGAGGACCAUGACCAGCUGUCCAACAGCCACUGAGCGGAGCAUGGCAUCACCAGGAGCUGCUGCUGCAGGGAUGUUCUCAGUGCCAUCCACAGUGAGCGGAGGCAGCAGUUAUGAAGAUAUGGAGAGCUCCAUGGGGAAGGCAGUGCCCGGGAGCAGAUUGCAGUCACCAAAUGUUUACAGCAGGGUUAUCUUUGCCAGAAAGGCUCCGCUGCGCGUGGCACCGUGCAGCAAGAAGAAAUGAGCCCCAUGCAGCUGAGAACAAACAGAACAAGGAGAAUCUCCACCUGUUUCCCAAGUGCAUUAAACUACAGGUGUAAACAGCACUCUCAGCUUUUGGAGCCUUUCCCUCAAAGCCUCGUUGGAAUGAAACAUAAGCACAGAUGCUGCUUUUUGCAAUCGUCUGCUUCCAGCUCUGGACAAAACUCAGCCCUACAGCCAGGCAGUGCCCACAGCUGGUGCAGGGCAGGGCAGGAUGGAGAUGCAGAUGCCUUUGUGCCCACGCAGCCCAGCACACAGAGCCCUGUUCUCUGCUCCACUGCAGCUCAUCCCCCUGCUUGCACUGCAGCUUUGCAUGCCUCUGGUGGGGGUUGGGCUGGGGACAACAUCCCUGGGGGGCUCUGUGCAUCCAUGUCUGCAUCCCAGUGAGAUGUGGGGCUGCUGUGCAGAAGAUGCACCAAGCAAAUCUGUGCACCACUCUCAUCUUGGAGCAAAGACCAGAAGGGAGCAGGGCUGGCUGCUGACAUUGAGGACUUGUCUUUGCACAUACCACAUGUAUGUAUGUAUAUACUUUCAUACACAUCUAUACCUUUAUGCACAAGUGAACCAUAAGCAAAGCAGUUGCAAGGCUGAGUGUGCAGCAGGUGGAUAAGCCACUUUCCUUUCUCACUCACAGCUGAUUUGUCUCUGUUGACAGAGAUGCUGAGGUCAGAAGUGCAAUGUGAGAUGUGCUGUGUGUUGCUGCCCAGAUCUUUCUGUAUUCAUGCUUCAGCAGCUCCAUCUCUGCAGCAGUGACCGAUGUUUUGAUACCAGGCAUGUCAAAGCUGCUGGAAAAAUGCUCUGAGGGAGCAGCUUCCUGCAGCGCUAUGGCUGGAGGUAGGAAAGCAUCGAGGGAUUUAAUGGUUUUAUAGUUGGAAAUGCAUUGUGUCUUCAGCAAAGGGGGAAGGUUUCCCUCUCUAUCAGUGAAGGAGUUGGGAUAAACUGGGGACAGGUGAAUAAACAAGUUGUGAAAAGCACUUGUAAGGAGGAAAAUGAAAAGAGAAACUGAGCUGGCUUUGGUAAUUCACCUGAUGGGCAAUCCUGACUUUUCUGUUGUCCAGGGGCCACCCUGGAGCUGCAGUUUCUCAGCACAGAUUUCAGCUUGUUCUGCCCACUCACAGUAAUAAAGUUCUCUGAGGGCACUAUUUA